CUGCCCUUUGCUCUCACCAUGGAAAUUCCUUUACCAUACCUCAGCAGCUUCUACGCCGCAGCGCUUGUUAUAGUGAUCACCUCAAUACUCCUAAGGAAAAUCCUGAACCCACAUCGCAGCAAUUCCCCGCCGGGCAGCCGCGGGCUGCCCCUAAUCGGCGAGACCCUACAGUUCAUGGCUGCAAUCCGCAGCAACAGAGGAUUCUACGACUUCGUCCGAAUUCGCCGCCUAAGGUACGGGAGUUGCUUCAAAACCAGCAUAUUCGGGUCGACCCACGUCUUCGUGUCGAGCACCGAGUCGGCCAAGGCGAUCCUGAACAACGAGUCGGGGAGAUUCAGUAAGCACUACAUAGGAUCGAUUGCGGAGCUGGUCGGGGAGAAGAGCCUCCUCCUGUGCGCUUCCCAGCAGCAUCACAAGAUGAUCCGCAGUCGGCUCAUGGGUUUGGUCUCCUCGCGUUCAGUGGGGACUUUCAUCGAACAGUUUGAUGAAUUGGUCGUUCGAAGGCUUGGGAGAUGGGAAAAUGAUAGCACCGUGGUUGUACUCGACCAGGCCCUCCAGGUAACAUUCGAGGCAAUGUGCAAGAUGCUAAUGGGCUUAGAAGGGGGAAUACCAGAAAUGAAGAGCCUCUACGACGACGUCUCGAGCAUUUACCAAGCAAUGCUAGCUUUCCCUCUGAGGCUUCCCUGGACUAGAUUUUACAGAGGCCUUAAGGCCCGGAAAAGAGUUAUGGAAAGGUUGGGGCGAAUGAUUUCUGAAAGAAGGGAGAGCCCACAAGCCCAUGAAGAAGACUUCCUGCAGCAGCUCUUGGCCGGAGGGGAAGGAGGUUCCAGGUUAACAGAUGAAGAGAUUAAGGAUAACAUACUGACCAUGAUCAUUGCAGGGCAGGACACCACGGCAAGUGCCAUCACUUGGAUGGUCAAGUUCCUCGGCGAAAAUCCACGUGUUUUGGAUACGUUGAGGGCUGAGCAGCUUGGAAUUUUGGAAAGAAGAUCAGGGAUGGAGUUUUUAACCGCAGAAGAUCUCAGUGAAAUGUCCUAUGCUAUGAAGGUGAUUAAAGAGUCAUUGAGGAUGGCUUCAAUAGUACCAUGGUUCCCAAGACUAGCACUCAAAGAUGGUCACAUUGAAGGGUACAAGAUAAUGAAGGGAUGGAACAUCAACGUUGACGCAAGGUCAAUUCACUUCGAUCCCAACCUAUACAACCAACCAGCAAAGUUCAACCCUUCAAGAUUUGACGAUGAUGAAGAAGAGCCAAUUAGGGCUAGCAGUUUCUUGGCAUUUGGGAUGGGCGGCAGGACCUGCCUAGGGAUGAACCUGGCUCGAGCCAUGAUGCUCGUCUUCCUCCAUCGCCUCGUCACUUCUUACAGGUGGGAAGUGGUGGAUUCAGAUUCAAGCAUUGAGAAGUGGGCAAUGUUCUCAAGGCUCAAAAACGGUUGCCCCAUCCAUUUGAAACGUAAUAGCCAACAUACUUCCUAAGACUCUGUUUAGCAUCAGUUUAAUUAUGUUUUCUAUUUUCACCAAAACAGAAACGGAUUACAUGUUUAAUUAUGUUUUUCAUUUAUUAUUGUGGCAACAAGAGUUGGUAACAUAAUAUAAAUUAGUUAAAAUCAGUGACUACUAGGUGGCGAUGUCGCGCCUUGUCGCGGGCGGGGAUUGUAUAUGGGCAUGUAUUAUGUGACCCGUUAUGGUGUUUGCUUGUAUUAUUAGUCUAAUAUUAAUUUUUUGUUAGCAGUUUUGUUAGUAAUAUUGACUUGAUAAUAUGAUAUUAACUGAGAAGAGAUAUAUUGCGGUCAACAUCCAAUUUAAUUUUUUUUUUUGAAAAUUUUAGGCUAAUAAAUGAUAUUUACCUAAAACCAAAUAGACCCGUUGAUUAUGGGUAGGGUAUGAGUGACGUAUAUAUGUGUUUGAAAGUUUAUAGAUGGGUUUGGGUAGGGUAUGAAUAUGUACUUACAUAAUCUAAAUGUGUAUGAGUUGGGUAUGGAUACCCAUUUAUUCGAGGGUAUUUUAAUUACACAUACAAAACUUAGACAUAUUUGUAGAACUUCAAAAGUUUAGGCACCAAAAUGUCAUACGCAAAAAAUUUAGAUACUAUGUUCAAUAAAUAUUUUGGGGACUUAUAUGCCAAAAAAAUAAAUUUAGGUUAUAAAUCUAAAGAUCUAUUAAGUUUAGGUACCAAACUGUAAUUUGUAUAUUUGAGGCUUAAUUCCCUUAUGGUGAUAUAUUUAAGAUGAUAAUUAUUUACUUUUUUAUAGAAAAAUGGAAACUAUUAUUUGAUAUGCGUAGAUACCUAGCCAAACAUUCCAUAAAUAAUUGUCGAAAAUUCUAGCUCGGGUGAAAAAGAAAAACUCUAGGGAGAAGAAAAAUGAAUACAAACUAGAACUCGCUUAAAAUUUCACGCCUUCAAAUCUCAUAGUGGAAAAUGAUUACUUUCAAAUAAGUAAUAACCAUAUUUAUUUAUUUUUAAUUGGACUCGACAUUGAGCUUAAAAGUUAGUGGUUCAUGGUUCAAUUAUUAAAUCUCUAGACUGUUGGUAAGUCGUAUGGACCCGUUCAUACUUGAGAUUAGAAUUCAUAAAAAUUGUAUACUAAUUACGGUUAGAUGAAGAAGGCAAAGAAAUAAAUAAAGAGUUUUGGAAGGCGAGUGAAAAAUGAAACGAAAAGCAAGUAGAUGAUGGAAAGGUUUUGACCAAUUCUUCUAGCUGCCCGUCAAUACAACAAUAAACCAUUUUCACUGUAGCCAUUUAUUGACACUUGUUUAUGUACGUAGAUAUCGCCUAUUUUGUUGCAUGUUUAGUACCCCGUAAAUGUACAAAAUGAGUUUAUAAAAUCGAUAUUGUAACAUUUUAGAGUCGUCUCUCUUUUAUCAUUUAUUUAAUGUUUCAUGCAAUGAGCAAAUAUAAAAUGGUCAAAUCUUCUCCGACAGUUGAGUGAUACAACAUCUUGUAUGGUACAACAUCUUGGAUUCAUGGAUUGAUUCAAAAUGAUUGCCGGAUUGGAUUCAUGGAUUCAAGUGAAAUCUAAACAUUAAACCAAUAUGUAAAUUAAAAAAAAUUUGUAGGUACGAAAAGCUCAUAAAAUUUAGAUAACAAAACAUAAUUGUUCAA